AUGACCUACGCUGAAUCGAUCGACUGGCUCUACUCGACGCAGACCUUUGGGGUGAAACUAGGUCUAGAGGCGCCGCGCCGAUUACUCCGUGAAUUUUUGGCGUUUCCUAGUCCUGAGACCAAGGUCAUUCACGUGGCAGGAACCAACGGGAAAGGGUCGACAUGCGCCAUGAUCGAUUCUUUAGCACGGGCGAGUGGAGUUCGCUCUGGUCUUUUCACCUCACCUCACCUCAUUCAUUUUCGUGAGCGAGCACGUGUGAAUUCCUUGAUGAUUACGGAAGACAAGGUGGCGCAACUUCUCACUGAGCUUCGUGACCUGGUGCAAGGCUGGGAUCAUCACCCGACAUUUUUUGAGAUUACCUUGGCGAUGGCGAUGCGGCAUUUCCGAGAUGAGAAAUGCGAACUGAUUGUUCUCGAAACGGGCAUGGGCGGUCGUCUUGAUGCGACCACUGUGGUGCCGGCCCAUGUGGCGGUCUUGACGCCUAUUACCUUAGAUCACACGAAGUGGCUUGGGGAUACCUUAACUGAGGUAGCGGGUGAAAAAGCAGCCAUUGCGGUGAAGAAACGGCCAUUAAUUUCGGCGGAGCAAAAGCCAGAAGCGCGACUCGUCAUCGAACAACAGGCCAAUGAAAGCCAGUCGCCGCUGACCUUUGUCACGGAAGCGCUCGUGGGCUAUCCGAUGAGCUUGCCAGGCGUUCAUCAGAAGAUGAAUGCGGCAUUGGCUGCGGAAGCCUUUCAUGCCGCAGGAUACACUCUGAGUUACGAUGUGGUGAAGACGGGGCUAAGUGGCGUGAGUUGGCCCGGGAGAUUUGAUUGCCGAAAUCUUGAAGGACGAAAAUCGCCACUCAUUCUUGAUGCGGCCCACAAUCCUCAUGCGGCGCAGGCUUUAGUGGAGACUUGGGAAGAGGUUUUUCUUGGUAAAAAAGCCCAUCUUAUUUUUGGAGCGGUCGAAGAUAAAAAUGUGUCGGAGGUCAUAGCACUGAUUUUACCGUUGGUUGAAAAAGUCUACCUCGUUCCCGUUCAUUCAGCCCGUGGGUUAAAGCCGACGGAGAUUAGCGGGAUGAUUGAAAAUGUGGAGGUGGUGGAUGAUUUGUCUUUGGAGGAGGUGAUCGCUGAGACAAAAAAUACGGAGAAUCCCGUUUUGCUCACGGGUUCACUCUUCCUCCUCGGCGAGGCGAUGGGAAUUCUGGAAGGUGAGAUGACGAGAUCUUCUGAGCAGUGA